CCUAGCCUAUCCUAGUUCUAGAAUUUUUCUAUUGCGUUAGUUGGACGUCGGAUAGAAAAUUUUGGCAGAUAAAAUUUACUGUUAUUAUUUAAAAGCUGGUAUAAAAUAGUAUGAAAAUAUCAGUGUUAUUCAAAAUUUUUUAGUUAGGCUAUUUAGUAAGGGGUCCUUAUUCGUAUUGGAUUCAAUAAUGGAUGAAACGUCUCUGGAAGAGGGAGAGAUUCCAGAAGCUGAAGACAUGUUGGCCGAGCCAGAUCAGUUUUCCAUCAGUAGGGCGACUAGGGAGCCGCAGAGAAUUUGCAGCGAUGAAAGCAGUGAUAACUCUGAUAACUCAGACGAUGACAGCGACGCUGGUUCUAAACCAAAGAAAGUUAAACCCUUACCUCCGCCUACUGCGAAGAGAGCUGAAGUACCCAACAAGUAUAAGGUUUGGAGCAUUGCUCUUCAGGAAGAAACACUGAUGGAAAACCUGCACAAGUGUGAUGUUGAGGCGAAUGACAGAUCACGUAGUGUAGAGUCUUACAACUACAAACUACACCAGGAGAACAGCAAAUACAAAGAAGAACAUCUGGAAUACCAGCUAUCAGAUGAAGAGAUUGUCAGAUGUGAUGAAGAAAAAAAGUACAAAGUUGGCAGUAAGCGGCGGCAUGGUGACAUCAAGUCGCGGCUGGGAAAGCGAGGUGAUAAGUUACGUUGGAAGUUACCAAGUCUUGCAGUCACUGCCGAAGAUACAGUGGAAGAUGUAGCAGAAGACAUUGCAACCAAGUUGAGGGAAAGCAAAGCCAACUUGAUUUUAAAUAUUGUUUUGGUGCUUGGAAAAGAAAAAGCUAUCGAACUCUAUAAUAUAACCAAAGAAAUUGAAGAUAACGGUGGCAUAUAUUUAAUGAACGAAGAAAGGAGACGCACAUCAGGUGGAGUGUAUCUGCUGAUGCUCAAACGAGAUGACACCAUACAAUCUAAAGAUAUGAAGAAAAUAUUUGCAGAUGACCUCACUGUUGUAAAAAAUCUUAGGAAAAGAGCUUAUAGGAGGAAAAAGAAGGCGAAACUACAAGAUCUCAAAGAGACCUUGAUUAGAGAAAAACUUUUAAAUUUGAACACCAUGGUUGGUGUGGAAAGUUCGGGGGCGAAACAAUCACCUGCUGAGGUUGCCGAGAGCAAUAAUCUGGAAGAGGGGGAGGUAGAACUGAACGUAACCAAUCCUCCGCCUUCGCCAGCGACCGACCAAGACACACCACCAUCACGUGCGCUCGCAAGCAGCGAAGAUGAGACUGAAAUAGCAAGGAGGGAGAAUCAUGGUCGAACAAUCAUCACUUACGAAGACGAUGACGACGACUAUCUAGAUAUAGAUGUGGACGAUAUGGAUGUGUUUUGACUUGUAAUAUCAACCUCACUGUAUAUACUGUAAUAUUUUUCUAAUGUAUUUAUACAUUACCGUUCGACUCAUUAUUUUUUUAAUUAUACAAAUUGCGAAGUGA